AUAAACAUCCAAAUUGUUCUUCUCUUUUCUCUCUCUCUCUCUCUCCCUGCCACAAAGGUUUCUUGUUUUUCAUUUCUCUCUCUCUCUCUCAUGCCAUUAUCUCUCUCCAAAAAUCCAUUCCUCAGACGGAAAGAGACAAAACAAGGAAAGUGAAAUUGCUUGGGCAAUGGGUAGUGAUUCCCCUGGAGGCUCUCAGAUCGUUUAAUUCAAACCUGAAAGUCUCUCUUAACUGCCUGUUUAGAGAAAUCAACAUAAAUUCUCGACAUGUUAAUUGAAUGCAAUCAAAUACAUAAACGUUUCUGAUCAUCAAGAAAUGAACUUCUAGUUUUCUUGAUUCAGUUUCAUUGCAAUUUCUUCAGUUUAUGAUACAAAAGCUGCAUGCAUGUUCUUCUCCUGUACAUAGAAUUGACCCAUAAUAACACAAGGGUGAAUUCAAGUCUGGUAUGGGAGACAUUUCCCCUGAGAAAAAAUCAGGGUGUGGCCUGUUAACUGCAGUUUUUGGUGGUAGGGGUUUAUGGACUAGAAAAUUACCCUCCUCAGGUUCAGUUGAAGCAUCCAAUGCAAAGAAUGCGGCCCGUUCUCCCGCUAUAGAUGUACCCAAAACACAAAAGGUUGGGCAUAAUUCGGAGGUCUUGGAGUCAUCAAACGUCGAAAAAGAUAGAAAACAGGUAGAUAGAAUCAUAUCCCGUCCAGGCCAGAAUUAUUCCAAACCUGUUUAUCAACAGAAUCAGUCCCCAUCUGCACGACAGCAGAAUCAAGCUAGGAAUCAAGCAGCAGCAGCUGCAGCCGCCCAAACGGGCCAUGGCCAGGCUCGUAAGGUGCCUCAGGCUGCGGUUGAAAUCUCCGGUGAGCUUGAGAGCAUGAUCUCCGAUCAUCAGAAAUCGAAAGGGGCUGGAUCAUUAGUCAGGGCAUCAUCUAGUAACGUAAUGUUGUAUGGCAAUUUGGGGAAUUUGAGGCACGCCGGAGACACUGAUAACGGGAAUGUUCUUGAUUAUCUUCCGAGGACAGCAAAUGAGGAGCCAUUGCCUAUUAAUGGGAAGUACAGCCCCACCACCAAGAAUGAGGCCAAGAAAAAUGAAGAGCCUGAAAAAAAAGGUCCCUUUUGCAGGGCUGUGUCCACUAGGAUGGACCCUGAGCAGCUGAAGAUUUUAGGCAAUGAAGAUUACAAGAAUGGGAAGCUUGCAGAGGCUGUUGCUCUAUAUGAUGCAGCAAUCGCCAUUGACCCGAAUAAGGCAUCUUAUAGAAGCAACAAAAGCGCAGCGCUGACUGCUAUGGGAAAGCUUCUUGAAGCAGCAUUUGAAUGCCGGGAAGCCAUUCGAAUAGAUCCGUUUUAUCAACGAGCUCAUAAUAGAUUGGCUACUCUUUAUGUCAGAUUAGGAGAAGCAGAGAGGGCUAUGUAUCAUUUCAAACAGGCUGGAUCAGACGCUGAUCCUGAUGCGAUGAAUAAGGCUCAAAAAGUUCAAACUCAUUUAAACAAGUGCACGGAGGCAAAGACUCGACGAGAUUGGAAUGGUCUAUUGAAAGAAACCAGCCAAGCUAUAGCAGCUGGCGCUGAUUCUGCACCAUUGAUAUUUGCUUUGAAAGCUGAGGCCUUGUUGAAGCUUAACAGGCACCAAGGAGCUAUUGAAACCAUGACGAAAGGUCCAAAUUUUAACAUUGAUGAAUGCAAAAAAUUCUUUGGUCCUUUCGGAAGUGCAAGCUUAUUAAUCGUUCAUGCACAAGUUGACAUGGUUGAGGGGAGGUUCGACGAUGCUGUUUCAGCAGCAGAACUUGCAUCUAGGCUUGACCAAAACAACAGAGAAGCAAAUAUAGUAUUGAGGAAGACAAGGGCCGUGGCAACAGCCAGAUCAAAUGGCAAUAAGCUGUUUAAGGCAGGGAAAUAUCCUGAUGCUUGUAGCGCUUAUGGGGAAGGGCUCAACCACGAUCCGCACAAUGCAGUCUUGUUGUCCAACAGAGCUGCUUGCUGGUCCAGACUUAGCCAGUAUGAUAAAGCGAUAGAGGACUGUAAUGCCUCACUCAAUGUCAGCCCAUCUUAUAGCAAAGCCAGAUUAAGAAGAGCUGAUUGUUACGCCAAGAUCAAAAAUUGGGGGGCGUGUUUACAAGAUUGUGAAGUGUUGAUAAGAGAAAUUCCAGACGACGAAGAGGUGGGGCGGUUGUUGAAAGAGGCGAAGGCACAUCUGAAACAACAUCGAAGGAAUCAAGACUUGAGCAAUGGCCAUGCUGCAGGCAUGGUUGUGACUUGAUACCCCUCAGUCAACUUCCUUAAGGUGCAGGUGGAAGAUCACCCUACAUUAGCAAAAUCCAAGGGAGUAAACUCAUUUCCAAGCUUCAUAAUAUGCAAGAAUGGAUCAAGAGCAAAGGCAAUUCCAGGAGACAAUCAUGAGUUGUUAGAGAGAGCUCUAUAUGUAAGAUAUUAUGUCGUUGCAUAAUCUCUUGAAAUAUUUGCCAAAACCGAAAGCGCCACCUGCAUCAGCCGCCCCCGGCUGGCCGCCGUCCCAAGAUUUGAAGUGAUGAAUCUCUUAUACU